AUGGUGAAACACGCAGCAGCAGAACUGACGGUUAUUAUUCUCUUCAGAGAGGAAAAUUUAAAUAAAUUACUCUCAAAAAAAACAUAUAGUAAAUUUGAUGAAGGGGGAAGUCAUGGUAGCACAGCCUGUUCUUGGUUGAAAGGGAAGGAUACUGAAGUAAAGAGUAUAUUGAAAAACAAUGGGAAAGCUGAAGAUUAUGCAAAGCAAAUUCUAGGCGCACAUUGCUAUGCAUCCUCACAGGUUACAAAUGACAUUCAAUCCUCUAGUGGCCUCUGUCUAUAUUUUUAUUUUUGGUUAUGGGAUCUAUUAGCUAACCAAUUACAAGUUAAAACAUCUUUGGGAAUUAUGAAACAGAUUUACGGGGAAUUGAGUGAAGUUUCUAUUGAAGGGAAGAAGUGUGCAAUUAUAUACGAGAACUCUAUUAGCAAAGAUAUUUUCCCCCAAGUAAAAACACAUUUUGAUUACUCCAAGGACUAUGAUACUAUAAUGAAGCACUUAGGGAAUGGUGUUAGUGGUGAUACAAAGACUUGUGAUAAAGCAUAUCGUGAUCACUUAGAGGCCAUUAAAAAAGCUUGUUCUGCUAUAGAAGAAGAUUGCAAAAAAGACGGGGGACCACAGAAGAGUGGUAGGUAUUGUGGCCCGCUUCAAGCAGCGGCGGGACCGGGAGGUAAAGGGGGCUUUGCUGGACAUUACUGUAAGGAUGAUAUUCUGCAGAAAUUACAGUGUACACAAGUAACUGAACCACAAACUACAUUACAAGCUACGGAUGUUCAAGUAAACCACGUUUCUUCUAUGGGAGGAGGGGAGGGUGGGUCUGCAGCCGUAGGCCCUAUCGUAUAUUCUGUUUUUGGAAUAGGGGCAUUACCACUAACCACAUUUUUUUUAUAUAAAUAUGAUCUUUUGCCUUCUGCAAUAAAGAACACCCUCUUUGGAGGAGGAGGAAGCACCAGAAAAAAAAGAUCCUCCAUUAAACACGUGUUUGACACUUCAACAACGGAAUAUUCGUAUAAUGGUUCAUCAGGAACCGACACUGCAACAGAAUAUUCCAUUCCAUACACCACUACUGCUACUGUCCAUUCCACCACCAGGAGAAGAAGAAAAAGAAGAUAA